AUGUCCUUUCCUCUGACAACGAACUCUCUGUCCCCCACUCUAGCUCAGCUUCACGCUCGUUCUCUGGCUUCUCAACAACCAUCACAAAUUGAACCAGAUCCAGAAGUCACUUCUCCACCCCCUGAACAACAAUAUCCACCUACAUCUGAACCUCAAAUACCACCAUCUGAACCUCAACCAAAUCCACCUCCUGAACAACCAAUCCACUCACCAUCUGAACCUCAACCAAAUCCACAACCUGAACAAACAACACCUUCCCCCUCUUCUAUUCCCACACCACCAAUAUCCGUUGCCACCAUCACUCCCAUUCUAAAUCUUGAUAACACCAUUCCACCUUCUCCAUCCUCCCAAGCCUCUGCCUCUGAACCCGAAACUGCCUUCCCUACCCUAGAAGAAGCAAUAUAUGUUUUUGUAGAGUCUUCAAUAGAGAAGAUCAAAGAUGCUGGUAUUAGACUUCAAGCUUGCUUGGCCAAAGAGGCUGAGGAACAGGCCAAGAACGAAGCAGAAGAGAAAGAUCGCCUGGAAGAAGAGCAAAGGAUCAGAGAAGCUGAAGAAAAGGAUGUUGUAGAUGUUGCGGCUGCUGCUGAGACUGAGGCAAAAGAAAAAGCAGACGCUAAAGAAGCAGCACGCUUUGCUGUAGAGGAAGCUGCCAAGGCCAAGGCUGAUGCUUUGACUCAGGGGGAGCAAUCUAACUCUGGUUUUUCCCCUCUGGUCUUAAAGACUCUGGAGGAAUUGCAAAAGGAACAACAAGUAGUACAGGCCAGGCUGGAUCACCAGGAUUCCGUCAACACCAACAUUAAGAACAUGUUGACUCAGCUUCUCCAACGGAUGCCUCUGCUCCGAAAUCCUUAA